AAAAGAUUUUGAGGCAAAUUAUGAAAUAUUAUAGCAACAUAUGCCUUAGUAAAACAAAGAGAGCAAGCAACCUCAUCCCCAGGACUACGUGCCUUGCAGAGAGAAGCUCAUCUCGGUGUCCGUACAUUUGUCUCCCGCUCAAAAACAACAAAAAACUUGGUUUGGCGGGAAAGGAAAGUGUUGUUGACAUUUAUGCAAUUUCAUAAAUUAUGGAAUCUGUAGAAGGAUCCCGGAGAUCAAGUCGUCGUGCUGCAAAAGGCCCUUCCAAUAGAAAAAAGGUUUUAGACCAAAUAAAAAAACAUCGAGAAACUGGUGAGAAGGUUGAUUAUGAUUUUCAUGAGGAGAAGGAUGUUUAUGAAUUGGUUGAUGAAAAUCACUAUGCACAGUUGGUACAGGAACGUCAAGAAGAAGAUUUUAUUGUAGAUGAUGAUGGUGGUGGUUAUGUUGAUGAUGGAAGAGAGAUAUUUGAUGAUGAUCCAAAUGAAAUUCCAAACGAAAAGGCAAAGUCAAAAAAGAAAGAAGGUAAAAAGGCUGAAAAAUCCAAUGUAAAAAGUUCCAAUAUUGCAAGCAUGUUCAGUGCUGGAUCAAAUUUGAAAAAAAGAAAGAAAGAGACGGAUGUUACUUUGGAUGGGGAUGAUGUUCUUGAAGAUAUUCUGAACAGUCUUGGGUCUACUGAAAGUAAUGCUAAAGUGAAGACAGUCACAAACACCAAAACACCUAAAAGAUCGAAUAAGCACCCCCCAAGAAGACUUCAGGAAGAAAAAAAGGUGACCAUUAGUAAAAAGUCACGGAAAAUCAUACCACUAAAAGUUAAACAAGAAACAGUUCCAGUAGACGAUGGAUUUGUGGAAAAUGACUCAUUCGAGCACCAGGAGCCCGAUUUCCCUGAUAGCCAGGACUCUUGUUAUGUGUCUCAAGAUAACAAUAGGAUUGUAAAAACAGAAGAGUUUAAAAGCAGCAUAACAAAUGAAAUUGAUGAUAUUGAAAAUGAAAAUGAAAAUGUUGAUAUGAAAGAUGUCAAAGAGAUAAUAGAAGAAGCACCUAAUUUAAAAAGCGAAAAAAAAGAAGAAAAAGCAAUAAACAAACAGGAUUGGCAAUCAAUGUUUGAUAAAAAGUUUCAGGAGGCUUCUAUUCCCAAUGUCUGCGCGACCCCUUCAUCUGUACCAACUAUAAAUGUCAAUGGUGAAGAAGUUCUUCGUUUUUUCUGGUUAGAUGCAUACGAAGAUGCAUAUAAUCAGCCAGGCACUGUGUACAUGUUUGGUAAAGUGUGGAUGGAAAGUUCUAAAACCUAUGUCAGUUGCUGCGUUGCAAUUAAGAACAUUGAAAGACAGCUUUACUUUCUGCCAAGAUCAACAAGACACAGCAAAAAUGGUAAAGAUUUAGAGCAGAUAGUUGAAUUUAAAGAUGUUUACGAAGAGUUUGAUCAAAAGAUAUCAAAUAACUACAAGAUUAUGGAGUACAAGUGCAGAAAAGUACGAAAAGGUUACGCCUUUGCAAAAACGGAUGUUGCCAGAGAGGAAACGGAAUACCUGGAGAUUUUAUAUUCGGCAACACAACCAAAGUUACCAUCUGAUUUGAGAGGCGAAACAUUCAGUCAUGUUUUUGGCACUAACACGUCUAGCUUGGAGCUUCUAUUUUUAAAUCAGCACCUGCAAGGACCAGCUUGGUUGGAUAUCAAGUACCCACAAGUUCCUAAGCAAUCCAUCAGUUGGUGCAAAAUUGAAGUUUGCAUUGAUCGUCCAAGUUUCGUCAGCGUGGUUAAAGAAAGCAUACCAUCGCCUCCACUAACGGUCCUUAGUCUGUCAAUGAUUGCCACUACGAACUCUAAAAUACACGCACAUGAAAUCAUUUCUUUCUGUGGACAUGUUCAUCCUCAAGUGUACUUGGACAAAGCUGCUCCAAGUGAUUGCUAUCAACAAAGUUUUUGCUUUGUAACAAAACCAUCUGAUCAAGUUCUUCCAUUUGAUUUCCAAACCACUGUUAAAAAAAUGGGUUUCAAUAUUCAAAUUUCUCCAUCCGAAAGAUCAAUGUUGGGUCUUCUACUUGCGAAAAUUCAAACUAUUGAUGCAGAUGUUAUUGUGGGACACGAUAUUCAUGGAUUUGAUUUCGAUGUUCUUCUGCAUUGUUUGCAAGCAAACAAGGUUGCACAUUGGUCAAAAAUUGGUCGUUUAAAACGGAACACAUUUCCAAAAAUGAGUUCGGGAAAGCAAGGAUUUAUGUCUAAUGAUACCAACACUGCUUGUGGUAGGCUCGUCUGUGAUGUGAAGAUUAGUGCGAAGGAGUUGAUCAGAUGCAAAAGUUAUGAUUUGACUGAGCUUGUAUCAGUUGUUUUAAACAAACCGAGAGAAGACCUUCUCCCAGAGAACAUAGAGGCUAAUAUGAGAAACACAAACUCGUUGUUACAGAUGUUGAAGAAUAAUAUGAUUGAUGCAGAGUAUAAGCUUAGACUGAUGUACGAAUUAAAUAUUCUUCCACUAGCUUUCCAAAUAACAUCAAUAUGUGGUAAUGUUAUGUCGCGGACGCUACUUGGUGGAAGGUCUGAAAGAAACGAAUUUCUAUUGCUUCAUGCAUUUUCCAAAAGGAAUUAUAUUUUGCCGGACAAAGAAUACAGUACCAAAAAACGUGAACAAAAUACUGAUCAGGAGGGAACAGAUGAUAAAAAGAAGGGAAAAAACAGAAGGAAGCCAGCAUAUACUGGUGGAUUGGUGUUAGAGCCGAAAAAAGGCUUUUACGACAAAUAUAUUCUGUUGCUGGAUUUUAACAGUUUGUACCCGUCCAUUAUUCAAGAAUACAACAUCUGUUUUACAACGAUACCACCUAGCAUGAAGAAGGAUGAGGAUGAAGAGGAAGAGUUGCCAGAAGUACCGUCUAGUGAUCUCGAAGCUGGUGUGUUGCCAACUGAAAUCAAACGAUUGGUUGAAAGAAGAAAACAGGUGAAAAACCUUCUUAAGAAAACUUCACCCAAUUCUGAGUUGUAUAUACAGUAUGACAUCCGACAAAAAGCGUUGAAGUUAACGGCUAACAGUAUGUAUGGUUGUUUGGGGUUCAGUCAUUCUCGUUUCUACGCCAAACCACUUGCAGCCUUAGUAACGGGGAAAGGUCGCGAGAUUCUGAUGAAAACAAAAGAUCUAGCCACUGCACUUGGGUUGGAUGUAAUUUACGGAGAUACGGACUCCAUCAUGAUCAAUACAAAUUCCGUUGAUUUGCAAGAAGUUCGUAAGAUAGGUUCCAAGGUGAAAUCGGAAGUAAAUAAAUUAUACAGACUUGUUGAAAUUGACAUCGAUGGUAUUUUUAAGUCCAUGUUAUUGCUAAAGAAAAAGAAAUACGCCGCUGUGAUGGUAAAUAUAAGAGACGACGGGACAAUCACAACAACAACCGAGAUGAAGGGUCUAGAUAUUGUUCGUAGAGAUUGGUCAGAUUUGGCAAAGGAUGCUGGAAACUACGUUCUGGAUCAAAUUUUGUCAGCUAGCCAACGGGACGUGAUCGUUGAAAACAUUCAUGAUUAUCUCACAUCGCUUACGGAGAAAAUCAAAGCUGGUCAGAUAGAACUUCAAAAGUUUGAAAUCAAUAAGAGCUUGACGAAAAACCCCGAUGAUUAUCCAGAUAAGAAAUCUCUACCACAUGUUACCGUAGCACAAAGACUACUUGCUCAAGGUCGCCGAGUGGCUGUCGGUGACACCAUUUCUUAUGUAAUUUGCGAUGACAACUCACAAUUGCCAGCUUCACAAAGAGCUUACCAUCCUGACGAGUGUUUGAAGAAUUCCAGCUUAAAGAUUGAUAAUCAUUAUUACUUAUCGAGUCAAAUUCAUCCGGUUGUGUCUCGCUUAUGUGAUCCCAUUGAAGGUGCUGAUUCUGCUUUUAUCGCAUCUUGUUUGGGUCUUGAUCCGUCCGCGUACAAAUCCAAAACGCCGCAUCAGCAGUCUGAAGAAACCCCAUUAACGAUUCUGAUGUCAGAUGAAGACAGAUUCAAGGAUGUCGAUAAGUUUUUUGUGCGAUGCAACAAUGAUGCGUGUACUUUAUAUAAGAAAGAAGUCGAAUUCAAAGGUUCCUUUGAUAAGACUGCUGUUGAUCCGUUCAAAUGUUCUUCGUGUCAAAAAGACUUUAACAAGAAUCGAAUGAAGAAUUCUCUUCGCUUAUUUGUACGCGAGCGGAUAUCAAAAUAUUACUCGUGCUGGAUGUCCUGUGAUGACCCGACGUGUGGGUACGUGUCAAGACAUACUUUAGUUAAAGACCUUAAAAAAGCACAAAUAUGUCAGCAAUGUAACAAGGGACUUAAACAUUUAGAGUAUAAUGAUGCUGCGCUCUACAACCAACUUUUCUACUUGUGUUGUCUCUUCGACCCAAACAGGAAUGCCGACGGUGACAAGAUGAAAACACGUGAUGAUUUGGUUAAAUGGCACGAACUACACACUAUGGCGUCGCGAAUUCUGUCCAGCAAUGCUUAUUCAGUUGUUAAUAUAUCUAAUUUGUUUUAAAAAAAGGUUUAGUUAUUUUAUAAAUAAUGGGUGUAUAGUUAUAAUACCAAUUAAUAAAUGAGUCAUGGGAUAAAUAAAUGUUUUAAAAGUAUGCUAUCUGUGAACGAAAACAUACCAGACUUGAUAUGGUAACUGGUGGUGUUGCUUUAUAGAAAAGGUACUAAUUAAGUAGCUUUGUAUAUUCUAAUAACAUAACAUGGGACUCGUUUUUAAUGUUUGUUAAGUACGACAAUUUCACUCGGAUGUUUGGAUAGCAUAGCGAUUUUUCUUUAUUUUGCACACAUAUAACAUUUUAUAAAUGUAGAAAAAAAUUGUAAAAAUAUAACAGAAAAUGAGUGAGAAGCGUGA